CACAUGGUACAAGGCUGUUGUGAAUAGCCUUGUACCAUGUGACCUCUGUGAUCAUUCACAGAUUUCACAAGUAGUAAGCAGUGAUGUCAGGAAGUGACAUCUUGCUUACACCUAUUCAUGUGAUCACUGAUUGGCCAAUCAGUGAUCACAUGAUCGGGACCUCACACAGAGUCCAAAAUGGCGGGCGCCAUUUAUGAAUGCAACCCGCCCCUGCACUGCCACCGUCUGGUCGUUUAUAUACAAUGGCCAGACAGGAAGUGGUUAAAACACCCU